AUGUCGAAGGACACCAUCCAGCGCACGAUUCUUACGGAGCCUCAGGAUUGGGAUAAGUGGCUAAAGGAGCUUCGGGCCCGUGUGGACAAGACCAUCCACAAGCUCAUCUUCGAACAUGACAAGACCCCCCUUGAACUACCUGAACGCCCCGAAUUCAGUGAUUUCAACGCUGAGGCUGAAAGAUUUGCUGAUCUGAAUGCAGGCCAGCAGAAGGCUUAUUCUGAAGCAUCGAGGGACUACGAAGGUCGCCGAAAGGAAUACCUCUACGAGACGAGGCUCGUCACAGCAGCCCGUACGACGAUUACGGAGACGAUUAGCAAAGCGAAGUUGACCUCCCUUCACGACGACGAGACUCUUCGGGAGUGGUUUGUAAAGCUCGAGGCCUCGACAGCCCCAACGAGGGGCUAUAUGAUGGAACGUAUCCGAGCCCAGUAUACGAUCCAUCUUCGAGCUUUUCCGACGAAGAAUAUCUCUACCUGGCUCGCUAGAUGGGAGGAAAUCAUGGGAGAAGCUGAACAGUACUUCCUCGUGGAGGCUGUGACCGGCCAAUGGCUGCGAGACAUAGCUAGCCUGAUUAAGCCCCUUUCCGACGGCUUCUCGGCUAUAUUUAUCCGCGGAAGCAAAAGGCUAGACGAAGAAGCCGCUGCCAUCCAGUUCAAGAUCUACCAAAAGAAAGAUGGACCUACCAGGAAGCAGCUCGCCAGAGGAGCCGGCUUUCAGCUUGUGGUCUUGACAGCCAUGAACUUGAGGGCUGUGCAAGAAAGCCCAGAAAGCUAUCAGGACAACCCCGACCUACGGAAGAAGGUCGAGGAGAUCCGCGAAAUCCAGAAAGAUGGGAAAUAG